AUUGCUAUGGAAAAUCAAAGCAGCUGCUGGGCGUAAGAUGGUGCACGAGCUCCGAGGCUCGCGUGUUUAUUUUUGUUCAAAAGUACCACUUCUUUUCGCUUAUGCUUAAUGUAGCCUUUUUAUUUUCUACAUAUAUCGGAUAUCACUCCAACGCAAAUGUAGGGCGUGAGUUUUUUUUUGGUUUGUUUGUUUUACUGACUUUAUUUUAAACGAGAGAGUGGACGUAUCCAUCUUAGCUUAGCUUAGCUUAGUUUAUCUUAUCUUAGCUUAGCUUAGUUUAGCUAACUCGUUACUCACUCAGCAGCGAAUUACCAAGGUUGAGAAUUGAAUGGACGCACCAGAACGCAGCCUGUUGAUGCGUUUCUGAACAUCUGGUGAGACCGUUUUAAAGAGGCUCAGCGACAAGCGAGGUCAGUCAGGAUGUCGAUCACGAACACGCCGACCAGCAACGACGCCUGCCUGAGCAUCGUGCACAGCCUGAUGUGCCACAGGCAGGGCGGCGAGAGCGAGACGUUCGCCAAACGAGCCAUCGAGAGCCUGGUGAAAAAGCUGAAAGAGAAGAAGGAUGAACUUGACUCGCUCAUCACUGCCAUCACCACCAACGGAGCUCAUCCCAGCAAGUGUGUGACCAUCCAGCGCACUCUGGACGGACGGCUUCAGGUGGCUGGACGUAAAGGUUUCCCUCACGUGAUCUACGCCCGCCUGUGGCGGUGGCCCGACCUCCACAAGAACGAGUUAAAGCACGUCAAAUACUGCCAGUUCGCCUUCGACCUGAAGUGUGACAGCGUCUGCGUGAACCCUUACCACUACGAGCGAGUGGUUUCACCAGGUAUAGACCUGUCUGGACUUACACUCUCUGGUACAGGUUCCUCUGGCCUUAUGGUGAAAGACGAGUAUGAUUAUGAUUGCCCGUCGUCUUUACCCAGUUCUGAGGGCCACAUCCAGACCAUCCAGCACCCUCCUACAAGACCCAUGCCUGAGCCGGCCUUCAGCAGUCCUGCCCUACUCCCUCCUACUGAAGGCAGCAGCUCAGCCUCCACCUCUGCCUUCUCCAGUAUCCCUGUGGGAUCCUCAACUCAGCCCAGUAUCCUCUCAGGGAGCCGUAGCACCGAGGGGCUGCUACAGAUUGCUUCGGGAACAGUUCAGGGGACGCAGCAGAACGGCUUUCCCCCAGGCAACUCCUCCACUUACCAUCACAAUGCCACCUCCACUUGGACAAGAAGCAGCAGUUUUACUCCCGGUGUGCCUCCACAACAGAACGGGCAUAUACAACAUCAUCCACCCAUGCACCAUCCAGGACACUACUGGCCUGUACACAAUGAAAUAGCAUUUCAGCCACCGAUUUCAAACCACCCAGCUCCUGAGUACUGGUGCUCCAUCGCCUACUUUGAGAUGGACGUGCAGGUCGGCGAGACUUUUAAGGUUCCCUCAAACUGCCCCAUCGUGACUGUGGAUGGCUAUGUGGACCCAUCAGGAGGAGACCGCUUUUGUCUGGGCCAGCUAAGCAACGUGCACAGAACCGAGGCCAUCGAAAGAGCAAGGCUGCACAUUGGUAAAGGCGUCCAGCUGGAGUGUAAAGGUGAGGGUGAUGUGUGGGUGCGCUGCCUCAGUGACCACGCCGUCUUCGUGCAGAGCUACUACUUGGAUCGAGAGGCUGGCCGUGCCCCUGGAGACGCCGUGCAUAAGAUCUACCCGAGCGCGUACAUCAAGGUGUUUGACCUGCGUCAGUGUCACCGGCAAAUGCAGCAGCAGGCGGCUACGGCUCAGGCAGCGGCUGCAGCUCAGGCAGCGGCGGUGGCUGGAAACAUCCCUGGGCCCGGAUCUGUGGGCGGCAUCGCCCCCGCAAUCAGUCUGUCUGCAGCCGCUGGCAUCGGCGUGGACGACCUGCGCAGGCUGUGCAUCCUGCGCAUGAGCUUCGUGAAAGGCUGGGGUCCCGAUUAUCCAAGGCAGAGCAUUAAGGAGACACCAUGCUGGAUCGAGAUCCACCUGCACCGGGCCCUGCAGCUGCUGGACGAGGUGCUGCACACCAUGCCCAUAGCAGACCCCCAGCCGCUGGACUGAGCGCAGCGUUUUCUCCCCGUUAGAGCCAGGCACAGAACCGACCGAGGUUUUGUUUUUCCACAAUCAGGUAACUAAUGCCGAUGAACUGUGCGACAGCGUGGACGAGUUCAAAGCUGACCCUCAGCCUCUUGUUAAACAAAAGGCGAGCUCAUGGAUGUUGGCACGACAGACAUGAGACUUUUUAAUAGGUAAUAACAGUGGAAAGAUGCUCCAUGAUUGAUUUCAUCCACAAACACCUUAUUCUUGCUGUUCUUCUCGAGGCCCCGACAACGGCGCGAAGGUUGUAUUAACGAACUAUUAAAUUGUGUGAGCGUUAUGGGAGGAACACUCUUCACAUGCAGAUAUUAUAAACCCAGGAAGUGCAUAACGAACUUAACGUCUUUAUAUCGACUGAAGGUGUUUUUUUCCAGACUCCAUGGAUGCAGUUUCUACAGUCUGCAACACAAAGAUGUUCAGGGACGUUUCAUGUCUGCGCUGCCAGAAAUUAAUCACCGCUUUACAGAGGAAUGUUUAAUGAUUUACGUUUAUGCCAUAUUGGUCCAUGAUGAAGUUGCUGACCUGUGUAUUAAUAUAGUGCAGAAACUAGGCCUUUCUCAUUAACUAUAAAACCACUUGUUUUUUUGUUUUUUUUUCUUCCCCCCCUGCGGUCUUUCUGCUUGUUUUUCCCCAGCCCAACCCCCACAUCAUCCGUUCAUCCUGCAUGUUUGCUUCUAGAGUCAGAAAACUGAGCAGGGAUCCAAGUUAGAUUCACAACAGAAAACUGUAAGCAGAAACCUAACAUGAACAAAUUAGCCCCAAUGACAAUAUAGUUUAAAAUAAAAAUACAGGAUUGUUACACUUGGAGAUGAUAGAUUGCUCCUUUAACUGCUGUUUCAAAAUUCGAGCCAUCCCUUAGCUUAUUAACCAUGUAGCGUUUUAUUAUUAUUUUUCUCGUUGGAAGGGAGUAAAGCAAUUAUAACCAGUUUUGACCCUGAUUAUUUCCUAAUACAUCAUUUAAACAGGUUUUACUACAGGUAAGAGAUAGGAAGAUUGAGGGGAAAUUAUAUACAUGUACUUUGUAAUAUAAAGCUGUUACGACGGGCGCAAUAUAUUUUUUUUCCAUUCGUUAUCAAAUAAUAUAGCACUUUAUUGAUUUUUUUUGUUUUGUUUUAAAUUUUCCCUCCCUUCCUGAAUUUCUCCUCUAACAUUUAGCACAACUAUCCCGACACGUUAAUGUUUUAUUAUUGGGACAUUAAACCUUCAGUAGGGUUUGUUCACACAAUUAACAGAUUAAAACGUAAUAAUAAUAGUAAUAAUAGCCAUACUUCUGUGCUUUGUAUGUUUAAAUGCAUGUUGAAAGGGCUUGUGGUGAUUCCACUUCAUACAGACUUGGCCUUGAAGCAAGCCUCAUAACCCCCCUCUCUCUUUCACACCAAACUCGUAAAUGUGUACGUUUCCAAAUUGACAUGUUCUCAGUGAAUAAAUCUUUAUCAAUGUGUUAAUUAGAAUGAAACUGGAAAACGAACAUGUUUUCUAUGCGCUCAUGAAGCCAUGUGAAAAGAGAGAACGGCGAAUAACGUCAGUAUUACUUAAAGCCUGUGCGUGUACGUCUCGGCCCGUUUGCUUUAAGUACAAACUGACCGAGUUUAGACAAUCGUCUCGGCAUGUGUCUUAGUAGUCUUACCUAGUAUGAUUCUUUUUGCUACUUUUACGAUUAUGCAGCCUGAUGUAUGCUAUAGCAAUUUGUAUUGAAAACAAAGAGGAUUGCAGUUUCCAUAGGAACACUUGUUCUUUCAGGUAGAUAAUCGAUUUUAUCAGUUAACCGAAAUAUAUUUCAAACUAGGAUGUUGAACAA